GGCCCGUUUCUUCCCCUUCCGCCAAUAAACUCCAGCCAACAGGGGAGGGCGUCUUGGCGCCUCUUCAUCACCAUUGCUAAGGAAUGUGGCUUACAAGAGGGCGAAAAAAAAUUAAGAGGGGGAGACAAACACUGAACUAACUUGGAGACUUCCUUACAGCCUGAGCAACAGUCUAUGAUCUGUCCAGGGAUGGUGAAGUGGUAGCGUUUCUUUGGGGGGCUGCAGCCCACCCCUUCGCCUCCUACCCGCUCUGCAGCAGGACACAAAUGUUGGGCCAUCACGGAGCUACCCGCGGGAAAAGAAUCACUGCCAGCCCAAGAAGUGUGACGAAAUCUUGUCCUCCUAUAUGCCAAGCUGCAUUUUACAUUAAAAUAAAAAUAUCAUCUCCACCGUGACCAGAAAUGCUUACAAUAAAGCUGCCUCAGAUCUUCAGGAUCCACCAAGUACCUCGUAUCUUCUGGGAAGAUGGCAUCAUCUCGGGCUACCGUCACCCCAAAAGCUCUGCCUUAGACUGCAUCCUCAGCUCCUUCCAAAUGAACAAUGAAACAGUCAACAUUUGGACACAUUUUCUCCCUACCUGGUAUUUCUUGUGGCGAUUCCUGAUGCUGUCCUACAGUCUGGAUUUUUGGCAUGAUACCUACAGCUGGCCCUUCCUAGCCUAUAUGUGGCUUAUUUGCCUCUACCCCUUCACAUCCAGCUGUGCCCACACUUUCAGUACCAUGUCAACCCAUGCAAGGCACAUCUGUUACUUCUUGGACUACGGAGCUCUCAGUCUCUACAGUUUGGGCUGUGCUUUCACAUAUGGAGCCUAUUCAAUGCCUGACUGCUGGGUGAACGGCCCUUUGCACCAUUACUUUGUCCCCGUGGCUGCCUUUAAUUCCUUUGUCUGCACAAGCCUCUCUUGUUACUCCCGAUUCCUGGAACUAGAGUGCCCCCCUCUGAGCAGGAUUUUGAGGACAGCAGCUUUUGUGUACCCUUUCAUCUUUGACAACAUACCAUUGUUCUACAGGAUUUUCUUCUGUUUUGGUGAAGACUGUGCUUGGAAUGAUGCCAUAGCUGGUUACUUCUAUCACCUUUUCUUCGCCCUCCUCACCGGCUUCCUCUUUGCAUCCCACCUGCCGGAACGCCUGGCUCCAGGUCGCUUCGAUUUCAUUGGGCACAGCCACCAGCUGUUCCACAUCUGUGCAGUGGUAGGCACCCACUUCCAACUGGAAGCUGUUUUGUGUGACUUACACUUGCGCCAGGAGUGGCUGAGCACCCAUGCACCGGCGUCCACCUUCACUCAUACUUUCGCCAUCCUUGGCACCGCCCUGCUGGGGAACCUUGUUCUCAUUGCUGUCUUCACCAUCACCCUCCUCCGUUCAUCUGUCACCACCACAAUCCUACAGAGCACCCCCUCAGAGGUGGAGCGGCACAAGGAUAAGUGACUGUUCUCAAGAACGGCGGUUUUGGUACCAAGGGAGGGGGUGGAAGCUUCCCUCUGCUCCGGGUUCUUACUUCCAAACCCUUUGGGUUAGUUGGUUCACUCAUCGCACUUAUACCUCAAGAUUAUGUAUCUGGAGGAAUACAAUACCCUUCCCAGGAGGUGUCCUGAGUUUAAUGUCCCCCUAACUUUGAGCACCUUAAAAAGAAUCAAAACCUUUGGUUGAAGCUGUAUGGCUCCAUGGGUUAGUAGGGCUUAUGUCUACAGUGCUGAGCACAGAGGAGGAAAUGCAGCCAGUGUCCCCUCCAACUCUGUUUCUAUUGUACUGGUGAGCAACUUACAGGACCCCUCCAAUGUAAGUGAAGGGACUGCAGAGGGUAAUGUCCAGGACAGUCAAAACUGGCUCAGUACUUGUCUGGAUGUUCCUUAUGGGGCUGCAAGAAUGUAGAGUGAGAUUUCCAUUUCCCAGUUAAGCCGGCCUUUUAGGGCUUAAAUUCUAGAGACCCAGGACCUCCUGCUCCUUCGUCUUGGAUGUCUGCAGGCAGGCUGUGGAUAUUGUGGUUCUGAGAAUGACCUAGCUCUAAUUCAUCCUCGAUAUCUCCUCCUGGAGAUUUGGAAAGAAGUCCUGGGUUCCCCUCAAAACUGGAUCCCGCCCCCCAUGGACAAAAAGGAAAAAAAUCUCGCAUAUGGGUUUCCCUAUAUUGGCAAGGAAGCACUUUGAAAAACUCCGGCUGGUGACCGAAGAUUAUAUGGCCCUUGUGGAAUUUGCACCUAACUCUCAGUGUAACCUUAAUUAACAGUGGUCUUUGUUGUUUGUUUGGAUAUGUGUCAGCCUCAGGAAACCAACAAUUAAAAUAUAGUUAUGUGCUCCUAGUUUCCUGAGCUGUAGAAACUUCUGGGAGCAGCUUUUACCAAUUUCCUUUGGAGGAGAGAGUACUAGAGGCCUGUGUAACAAACUGAAUUUUAACAAUAUACAGGUUGAGCAAGUGGAACACAUAAAGCUAGUCCCAAAUUUAAUAUUAUCCCCCCACCAUAAAUCAACUCUGAUAAAUCAACUUUGUGCUUUCCACCACAAAGCAACAGCAAUUCCCUCAAGUUGGCUAUAUUACUGCCAACAAAUUUUUUUCUGCUUGGUAACUGAGGCUUCAAAAACCUUCCACAAUUGGGUUUUUAUGAAGAGAUUACUUUGUUGGACCACUUGUGGCCAUUAUGGGAACAUCUUUUACCUACAAUCAGCUUAGCAGACCAUACAAGAACCCAGGAAAAGAGGGCUAGCUUUUUACUCAGCCAAAGAAUGUAGCAGGGCUCAUAGAAAUAUUAUCUGCUAUUAUUUUGGAAUGCUGGAAUUGGUGGCUACAUGCCUGGCUCAAAAAUGAAAAAUUGUAUAUGCCACCUCCCACUUUUGCUAGGACACAACGAAGGGAAGAGCUUUAGUUUUGUGGCUGAACUGCCCUUUUACGCAUUUUUACACUUAAGAAGGCUGAUAUCUAAUUCCAUUAGUUGUAGGAAAUGGGAGUGCAAUGUGAAAAUUAUCUUUUGCUUGUUCAGGUAGAAAAUAAUAGGGUUCCAACAAAGAAGCAAUAUGGUUCCAGUUCUGACAGUAAGUUCCAGUUUGGACCUCAGACUGAGUGGCCUUGAAAUACAAAAAAAUGAUUUAAAUCAUUAAAUUGCCACUUAAGGGUGAUGCUACGGAGCCUCUGAAACUUGACAUAGUUCAGGGCCUCAGCAUGUCUUAAUACAGCUUUGGAUUCCGACAGCAACAGAGGUUAGGAAGAAUGGUAGGAUUUUUAAAGGGUAGCAGAUCAAAGGGAUUACUCAGGGUCUUCAAGAGCAAGCUGGGCAAAUGUUUGUUCAAAUGUGUGUAGGUGGACUUGAUCUGUGAGGUAGGAUGUGUCAGUAGCUUGUCUCUGUCACUUCUAUCCUUAUAUCCCAGAGUUGUCCACCAUAGGAAGUAAAAGCGGACAUUAUUUCUCCUUCCCACUCCUUGGGAGGCCAAAAUUGGGAACUCAGGGACCCACAAGGUCCCUUUAAACUCUUAUUCUCAUUAUUGAGGAAGUUUAUCCAGAGACAUCAACUUCUUAUGAGGAAGAAGAGCAGAAUUACAGAAACAAAAUAAAAAUAAUCCCUCAGAGCUGCAAAUCUGACCAUAUAAUUAUGGUCAUCGUUCAGGUCUACUCUGUCCAGGGACUGUGCAAAUGGCAGGAAAUUGCAUACAGGAGAUUCCACAUACAGUAGGAGUCCAAAGGAUGUAGUUGAUGCAUUUAAUCUGUAAUCCCAUGUGUGCUUACUUGAGGGUAAGUUCCAUUUAAUUUUAUGGGACUUCUUUCUGAGGAAAUAUGGGUGGGAUCAGGUAGUUAGAGGGGUUGAGGCUGUUUCUUAGGGUUGAAAGUAAAAGAGUAAAGUGUGUACAAGAUGGUGGCCCCUCAGUGGUUUGGCGUCAAUUGAUCACUAGGUGGCUGGUUGGAAGGCAUGGUCAGGGUAAUAAGAAGGCAGAGUUUAAAUGAGUUUUCCUGUAGGUGUUUUAGGGUUGGAUCCUGCCGUCUUCUCUGCUUCCCCUUCCCCCAGCAGUCCUUUCAGACCCCAGGAAAGUUUAUUCCUAAGGUCAUGGCACCCAUGUGACCUAACAAACAUAGGGUGGUCGGGGGGUGGCAGUGAGGAGGGAGAAGGGAAAGAAAUCACUCUUUCUGUUCCCUUUGUCGCCACUGCACAUGGCUUAGAGCUCAUGGGUCUUGUGACCCCGGAAAUAAAGUGAAAAGACUGCUUCAGGGAGGGGAAUGUAGCAAAGAUCCAUGAUCCCUGCAUCUUGCAGAUCGCACAAUCCAACCCAUUGUGCUGAAGCAAAGAGUUGUGGUAUCCAAACUGAAAAGAGGAUUUCCUUCUCCAUUUGCUCCUGGGACUUCAUCCAGAUCUGGAACCUAGUUGGGCAGUCAACAUUUGGAGAUUAAAACUGAAUAACUGUGAUUAACCUUAUGAUUGUCUUAGAUAUAUAAGAACUAGAAUAUAUGGCAGUUUUCCAGAUUGUGCAUGUCACCAUUUUGGAGCUUGGCAAUGAGUUGGUCUGUUAAGAAUGUAGGUUGAUUGCAUGCACGCGGCACAGCAGUUGCACAACUGUAAUUUUACAGGGAAGUCCCACCACAAAGUGAGAAAUGUCUUAAAAUUCUUCCAUGAGCACAAAUGUGUCCUCAAGGGGUAUGAGCUAGAGAUACAGCAGUGAAUUUUUCUUCCCUUGAAAACUAACAAUGCUCUUGUUGUACAUACCUCCAAUUCAGAAAAUAUAUUUAAAUGAACAUGUAUUAUAGAAGAACUGAAAGCAAUUUCUCACUUUGUGAUGGGGUUUCUCUAACCCUAAAGUGUAAACUCUCCAUCUGAUUGAUUAAGUGUAGAACACUUCUCUUUGGCAUUUAGCUUUGAGUUUAGUUAAUAUGUAUUGAAUAACAUUUGGAACCCUUCUUUUUUAAAAUUAAAAUCACUGAGGAAUAUAAAUAACCUGAAGAUCAUCCAAUAUGGCUCUUGAAUGGGUCCAAUCCAGUUUAGACUCAAAAUCAGAAGGGUCAUCCAGCUAAUUGAGCAUCCUGUUCACACGCUGGCCAAUCAGUUUCCUUAAGAAGGCCAACACACAGGUCGUAGAGGCCUGAUGUUGCUUCCUAGCUCUGAUAUUCAAAGGUUUACUGCCUCUGGUCAUGGAGGUUCCCUUUAGUCAUUACAGCUUAAUGGCCACUGAAGGACAUAUCCAAAUCCUGCAUGUCACCACAGUGGCAUUUGACAAUGAGUUGGCCCAGGGCUUUUUUUCUGGGGAAAGAGGUGGUGGAACUCAGUGGG